ACCUAAUGGUAGGUCCUAAUCAUUAUAAAUAAUACCUAUGAAAUGAUAAAUCAGUCCUUCUCGUUUUUAUUCCUUUUUCGGUAUAAAAAUUGCACGUUGCUACAGGACAACUUGAACUUCGUCUCAUACUCUUAAUUUAAUAUGCCAAACAGUGAAUAAGUCAACCGUAAUAAUUUUGUGUACGGCAAGCGGCAGCGCAUAUUAUACGAUAUAUGACGACAUAUUCGGCAGUGACGUCAUGUCGCUAUUUCCCCCCCACUGAUCAUUUUUCACAAAUUCGAUAGUCAGGCAACCCGUUAAAUUUGUAAACCUUGCAUGAGAGCUAUAGUUGCUUUUUAUUAUUUUUAAUGAUGUAUAUUAUAAUACAUUUACAAUUACAAUUAUAAUGUAUUUAUGAUAACAUUUGGUUGCAUUUAAUUUGUCAUGAUUUUUUUUUUAUUAGACUACCUAUAAGGAUUCAACAUAUUAUUAUUUAUCUUGAAAUAUAUCAGUUAACUAUUUACAUUAUUUAACAAUAUAUAGUCAUGAAGUCUUGUGUUGUAUGUAAAUGUAAUGACCAAACAGCAACAUUCCAUAAGUAAGUGGUGUAUCUAAAGCUAAAUAAAAUACAUAUUAGAUUUUUCAAUUUUUUUUACUCACAAAACUGAAGUUACAAAAAGUUACAAUUGCCUAUUUAAAAUAUUCAAAAACUAAUAUGACUAUAAUCUUUUAAAUGUUGUUAUUGGUGUUUAAACUAAUUUCACCCUAAACGCACCAAUUUAUGUUCUGAGUAGGUAAUGUAAUUUUACUGUAUUGCCCAUUAGACUAAGAUAAUUAAUGCAUUAUAGAGUUCUUAAAUAUGUAUGUGAUUUGGUUAAAAGGAUUGAACACAGUGAUUUUCUGUCUUUGUCUUACUUACAUACAACAUAGGUAUUUAGAUGUAUUAUAUUUUCAAUGUACUUAUUGAUCUAAAAAAGUGAUAAGAAUUCUGAAAGCUGACUUGAACUUGUAUUCUAAUCUAUUUGAGAGUUGAGAUUGACUUUUCCACAUUUCCAAUUUUUUAUUUUAAUUUCAACAAAAAUUAAAAUAUUCAAUUUUUUAAUUACUCCUUUUUUUAUCAUGGUUUUUCGUUAUUUAGGGGAUAAAGUAAAAAAAAUGGGGGAAAGUCGAUAUCAAAUAAACUUGAUGACAAAUUCAUAUUGUUUCCCUAGACCAAUUGGUAUAGUGGAAAUCAAGGUUAGGUAGGUAUAAUAUGUAUAAUAUGUAAGUAUUAUACUGCAUCAUAUGUAUUAUCUAUAUACAAUUUUUUAAUUUAAACUUAAAACAUUUUAAAUUGUACACUGAAAAUAAAGUUCAUUACUACUUAAUGGUGAUAUUCAUCUAGCAUAAACUGGUGUCUGUAGGUUAGUAGUAACGCUUUUGAUAAAUACAGAUCAUAAUGCUUGGUAUACUGUAUGUCUGUAUAGAAAACAAUUUUAAAUUACUAUUAUUUUUAUUUAAAGUAGAUAAUAUAUUCAAUAUAUUCCCUAGGAAACAAUAAGAAUAUGUUAUGUAAUAAUGGACAUAAUUACAUAAAUAGCAUGAUGGAAGAAGCCAUACAAUGGUAAAAGUGUAAAAUUACUAUUUGGUUUUUUUUUUUUUUUUAAACUUUUAAACUUUAAAAAGCUUGUGACAUAAUUUUUUGCUAAGGUGUUUUGAAACAUUAGAGAUUGUAGGUAUGAUAAGAAUAGAUACGAGAGGAUUGCUAUAAGUUUUAGAGUAAGGAGUAACAAUUAUACAAUACAUUUUGCCUUAAUUAAUUAUUAACCUAUCAUUGUACUGACCAAUAAAAAUAAAAAUUGCAUAAGCAAAUUUACUAAUUUUAAUUUUAAUAGUUUUAUACGCAAGACAUAUAAAACCUUUUAUACACGUAAUUACCCAACCCUGUUAGAAAUAGAACAUGUCUAAAUUUCUAUAUUGCUUGUGUACCUAUAAGACAAAAACAAGAAAUCACCAUUUCUAACUCCUUUAAAUUAGGUUCCCGAGUGAUCCUAGUAAAAGGCAACUGUGGUUAGACUGUUGUAAAAUUGAAAAAAUGAUUCCUGACUAUUCUUAUAUAUGCUCAUCACACUUUACCAAGGACGAUUAUGCAAAUUCAAGACUACGUGUAAAUGCACUUCCAAAACUUAUUAUGUAAGUUAAAAAAUGAAAUUUAAAGUUAGCAUAUUAUUAUAUCGUUAUUAUUUUUGUUUUAGAACGGACAGUGAAUGUUCAGAAUCAAUUCCACUUCAUACUAUUUUCGAAAGUGAACAGUGCCUAUCCUCAUUUAUAACUAUAGAUAGUAAUCCUACAAACAGUAUAAUUAAUAAUGACUUGGUUACAAGUGAUACAGAACUAAGAACUCCACAGUUUGUUGAUAUGUAUUAUUUUAGUUUUCCUAUGCAUUGUAAUUUUCCAAAUUAACUAAAUUGUAAUAUUUUACUAUUAUUAGAGAAAAUGUGAUUACUAUUGUUCCUGAGGCUCUAUUUGGUAUGAGCAAUUCUACAACAACUGGUACAACAAUAAGACCACCUGAAUAUGCUAAGUAAGACAUUAUGUAUUAUAAUUGUUAUAAGAGAAAUAGUGUUCAAUAUAAUUUAUUAUACUAUGAUUACCUAUGGAUCUCAAAUAAUCAUGCAAAUUAUUUUAGGUAGAGUUCCAAUUUGAAAUUGUUAACAAUUUACAAAUAUGUUCAAAAAGUACUACUACAUUUGAUUACUAUUUAUUUGGACUGUAUAUUUUAAUGAAUUUUAAAAAAUGAAUUAAAAAAAAACAACUAUUUGAAUUGUAUUUGGCAGAUUUCAAUUUUUAAAACAGAUUAUUAUUUUGUAGGCUCUUUAGUAAGGUAUAUUUACUAAAAUAUUAUAUUACUGAAAAUUUGAAUUCAUUUUUGAAUAAUGUACUAAAAAUAUUUUUCCUUUUACUUAUAAGGGAAUUAAAAUUGAAAAAAUAAUGCCAAGAUAUUCUAGUAGAGAACCUAAAGAAUCAUAAUAUGUUUUCAUGCUGUAGUUCAAUAUGCAGGGUUGGCACUCUGUUACUUUUUCAACUAAAUGUCACUUUUUUUUUUUUUACAAGUAACUAAAAGUAAUUUUUUCAUUUUGAAUUUGUCGUAAAUUUUUCAAACUAUUUAUAAUAAUUUUUUUCAAAUAUUUUGAGAUUUGUUGUUACAUAAGAAGUGAUAUAUUUUUGUAUUAUUUUUUUUUUUCAUUAAGACUGAACUAAUAAAUAUUUUCAACCUUCAUUGUAACAUUGUUUUAAAUACUGGUUUGUCAACCGAAUGUAAUCUGUAACCUUUUUAGGUAUUUUUCGUUAUUUACAUAAUUAAUAUAUUUUGUUAACAUAUUAUCAAGAACUAAUAUAAAGUUUCUAUAGAAAUCACUUUUUUGACAAUUAUAAUCAAUUAAUCAAUUAACCAUUAAAAUCAAUUGAUCAGUCCAUUAACUGUUAAAACAAAUUGAUUAUUGUGUGUUCUUUUUUAUUAUUUGUAUUUUCAUUAUCAUAAUUAAACCAUUUAGGGGUAAAAAUAUACAUGAUAAAUUGUUAAAUCUAUGAUAAUACACCUAACCUAACCUUAAAUAUGCCAAUUAGUAUUUUCUCUCUCAAAAUAAGUGAUCAAAAAACAAAAGAAGGGCAAUUAAAGAUUUUUUUUAAAACAAACAUUUUACAUUUGUAUAAAAUAUUAGGUAUUAUAAAUUUAUAACUAAUCAAGGCUUGACUAGUAUAACCAAACUCAAUUUUAAGAUAAAAUAUAUAGAUUUUCACUUUUGUCGAAUUUCAUAUUUUCAAUGUAAUAUAUUAUAUUAAUACAAAGAUUAUAAAACUGUCCAAUAAUAUUAAUAUUAAAUUAUUUGCAAUGAUUGCAGAUAAUAUGACUGAGGCUAAUUUACAAAGUAAGUUAAAAUAUUGGCAAGUUAAAAAUUACUAAUUAGAAUAGUUCUCUGCAACCACCAAAAAUUGAGGCCAAUUAACACCACUGGUAGCUUAAAUUAUAUCUAGUCAAUAAAACUUGAAAUUCCCAAAAAAAACUAAAAGCAAGAAUGACUGAAAAAUUGUAUUCCUAAAAUUGGUCAAUUGGUUCAUUCUAUACUUUAUAGAAUUUUGUUUUUGAUAGCAAUUAAAGAUUGAUUGAUUAUAAAUUAAUCGAUUAAUAUAAAAUAUUUUAAGAAAAAUCAAUUUAUUAUUUUUUUUUUUGAUUAAUUGCACACCUCUAGUAUUGAGGUAGUAAAUCAAUAGAAAGGUCUUAUUAUUAAGUUGGUAAUUAAAAUGUAAAUAAAUUUGGAAGACACUCCUCCUGAAAUAAACUGAACAUUUUAUGAAUUAUUGAAAACUAUUUAAAAUACAUUGUAGAUAUAUAUUUAAUACAAAUUUUUAUACAAUUUUUAUUUAGAUUAGUUUGGAAACCAUCUCAUGUAAUUAGUUUGACAAAAGAACAUUUUUCGACACCCAGCAGAGCUGAAAGAAGUUUAAAUUUAGUUAAGCAAAGUCAUAAAGCACAAAAUAAGAAAAUUAAGAUUUUAACUCAAAGCAAUCGUAGAUUGUUACAUAAAAUAAAUAAAUUAAAACACAUAGCAGAGGAUUUGGAGAACAGAUGUAAACUAUCUGAACAUGCUGCUCAUAUUUUAAAUGUAAAAAUGCUAUUAAUUAAAUAUUAUAUAUUAAAAUAUAAAUAAUAAUUCUCUUAUUUUUAUGUUUAGUCCUGUGAUUCUUCAGUACUUGGAGAACUUGUUUCAAAAACCAAAAAAGGUAAAUUUUCUCCAGAACUAUUUAAGUUUGCUGAAACGCUACAAUCUCAUUCUGCAGAAGCAUAUUCGUUUGUACGCAGCACGUUCCAAAAUUGUUUGCCUCAUCCCAAAAGUAUUAAUCGAUGGUCUAGAGUGGUUAACAGCAAACAAAAUUUCAAUAAUGAAGCAGUACUAGACAUUUUUCAAAAUGAUGGGGAUGAAAAGACAGACCAUUGACAAGUUCUACUAAAGCUCUCUAAAUUUAUGAAUCAGUGAAUUUUUAUGUUGUACUAUACUUUUCAUUAAUACUAUAAUGUAAAUACUUUAUCUUAUCGUCCUUUAUGAUCCAAAUAAUUAAAGAUAUAUAUAAUAAUAUGAUGAAUAAUAUACCUAUUUUCAUAUAACCUAUGAAUUUAAAAAUAAACUUUUAUGUGUGCAUGUAUAUGAAAAUCAUAUUUUUUGUAUAAAAGCUUCAUUUCUAUUUUUCAUUGGUGUUAGUGUUCUUAAUUACAUUUUCUUUUGAUUAAAAACUCAUAUUCUAUACUAUGCAAGGUGAUUUAUUUAUCAUAAACCAAUCAAAUUUUUCAUGAAAUGUUUUUUUUUUUUUUUAAAUGACUUAUGUACAAUUUUUUUGGAAUCAUAUAUUAUCAAAUAUUACAUUGUCCUUCAUUUUAUCACCCUUAUUUCCUAGGGUGAACCAACUUUUGAUUAGUAAAUGGCAAUAUAUAUAUUCAACAGUGGAUAUUAAUUUAUACUUCAUUAUUACUUCCAAAAAUUAAUUUUCUCGUUUACAAAUUUAAAUUCUAAUCGUUGGUUUAUGAGAUAUAGCUCUGUAAAGUAUAUGAAUUAUUAUCAAGCACUAGAAUUUUUUAUCAUAAUUUGCAGAGUGAAAUAUAUACUUUAUGUACAUAAGCUAAGGCUUUUUAAAAAAGUAUAGUGAUUACUCAAAUAAAUAAUUUCAUUUAAUUUUACAUAAAAUAGUUAUAGCACAUUUACAAUUUUUUAAAAUACUCUCAGUACUUUUUAUAGUCUAAAUUCUAAACAGAUAAUAUGUAUGAACUCUUUAAUAAUUAUCUGUUUAAAAAUACAACCUGUGUGUUUUUUUUUAUGUAAAAGGAAAUAUUUUAACA